AUGCGACUCUGUCAAACAGCAGCCUGUACAUGGGAAGGAGAUUACAAAUGUAUAGAAGAUGGAAGAAGCAUUCGCAGCAGAGAUUCGACAAGCACAGCGCAACACAAGUCGCAAUUCAGAUCAGAUAUGGCUCCAUUUGCCUUGACUUUCUCGUCCGCCUCAGCGGAUACGGCAUCCGCGGUUCAAGUACAGAAAUAUGACGAUGAGAAGACUUCGAGUGGUGAGCUGGCAGCGGGCGACGUCUUGAUACAAUUUCUUGCCAUUCCUGUCAAUCCACAAGAUUUGAUGGCCAUUGCUGGAAAAUAUCCCAUUCAGCCUGUCUACAGCACCGCCGAUGGGUCUCGAAUCGCAGGCAACGACGGAGUGGCUCGCGUGGAGAGCAUCGGACCAGGAACCAAGUCAUCGCUGGCAGUCGGAGAUGUGGUGCUGCCAAAGCGUCAUGGGCUGGGAACUUGGCGAGAUGUCGCCAUCCUCCCGGCUGAUGCGCUCUUGAAGAUUCCCCGGGAUGUGGAGCCCGUCGCCGGAGCGUUGCUCAAGAUGGGCUUUGCACCAGGCUAUUUACUCGUUGAGGACAUGGUCACUCUGCAGCCUGGAGACUGGAUUGUGGUGAACGCUGCGUUGGGCGUCAUCCCUCAAAUGGCGAUCCAGUUUGCUCGCUUGCGAGGCUGCCGCGCCAUUGCGGUGGUGCGGUCUCGGGGUCAUGAGGAACUGGAAGCAGCGCGCGAGCUGUUGCUUGCAAACGGCGCCGCGGUGGUCGUCAGUGAAGAGGAGCUGGAGGAACGCGGACAGGACGCAGAUCCUAAGCUCGCGGCAGCAGUCAAGGGACAGCUCGUGAAGCUGGCAUUGGACGCGGUAUGGGGUCCAAGUGCCGAACGUCUGGUACGCCUCCUGGCUCCCAAUGCGACGUACGUCAACUAUGGCUCGCUGGGCGGUGCAAAUGUACAGUUGAGGCUCAGCCAGGAGCAGAUCUUCUGGAAACAGAUCAAAUUCCGCAACUUCCGCUUCUCACAGCAGCUGGCGUUACGCAACGAUGCACAGGUGGAGGCUUUGUUGACUUGGUUUGUGGAACUGCUGCGAGAGCAGCGCGUACGGGUGCCACGGGUUGACGAGUGGCGUCUGCCGGGGGACAGUGAUGACAGUACGAAGAGGAUCGUACACGACGUAUUGCAUGCGGCGCAGAACAGGGCAGUGGGAACUAGGAAGGCAGUGUUUGUCAUUCCCGAAGCAUAGAUCGUAAAAUGAUAGAC